ACCAAACAUUGUGAGCCGGCCUCGCGCUGUUCGCAUGUAUGAAAAGUGAACGUGGCUUUUUCAGAAGACGACGAAUGUGAUGCUGAGCAAAAGAGGCAGAGAGGUAGUCAGCCUCGCGCCUGGGCUCACGGCCGCAGCUCUACAAGACCACCUCAUCCGUCAACUCUCUCUCUCCAACCCUCUCCCUCCUCACAAGACACACACUCCCAGUAGAAAAUCUGCUCAACACACGUCCAGUUGGAAGUCUGGGGGAAAGAAGAGAAACACAAAAACUGAUUCUGUCUUGCGAGAUAGAGAGGAUGAGAAUGAGCGUUUGUUAGACCCAACCCCCCAGCCCCUAUCGUUAGCAGAGAAGUUGGGUCUCGUUCCGGGACCACGCCCCCAGCUCUCCACCAGUGAGUGGGAGACUGCCAAGUGUUCCUCAAGAGAGAGACGAGACUCCUCCCAGCCCUGCCCAAUUUGCCACGAGGAGUUUGGAACAAGGCAACAGAUGACAGAGAGCUGAACUGAGGCACACAACAGACAACAUAGAGCCUGGUGCUGUAUCCUAUAGAACUAAAGAAACCCACAGAGAUCAAAAGAGGGAAGCAGAGCCAUGCUGGGCUAGUCUGAGGCCCCAUCAAAAGACC